CAGCAAGAUAACCAUGGCGGACUAAGAGCUCGUCAGAGUUGUCAAACUCACAAUUAUUUCAUUUGAAUGGCUUUGUCACUUCGGCAUGUUGUAGAUCAACUAUUUUCCGAAGUUCGCCUAGCAAAAGAGGAGCAUGGUCAUCUGACAGAUGAAAUACUUUCCGCGUUACACUUUGUAUUCCACCAGCCACUGUUACAUGCUUUAGACUUGAUAGAUAGGAAGAACAUUACAAAGUUAACAACUCCUAGUGGAAGGGUUUUAUAUCAGGUUGUGGGUAGUUCUAACACACUCUACACCUGCCUUAUAUCUGGAGACUAUUGUACCUGCCCCUCUUACACUUUCACAGUGUUAGUCAAGAUGGAAUCACUUAUGUGCAAGCAUCUGUUGGCUGUACAUCUCGCUGAGGCCUUAGGAGAGUGCAAAAACCAAACCAUCACCAAUGAGGAUUUUGUUGCCCAUAUGUGUUAUGAUAGUGUUGUAGAUAAUAACAAGAACGAGGAACAUCUAUAGGAAAGAGAAACUGGACACCUGUUCCUCCACCAGUGGUCGGCGUUUUUCGCUUCACAGGAUCAAUUGCGAACAUUGUUGUUGAUCAUUAAAUAAGAGACGGACCUUUUUCCUCCUGCUUCUCAGCCUGGCGUUUGAAAAUUUUUAAUAUUUAAAGUAAAAAUUGGUCAUGAGAGGAUGUUAUUUGCUAUCCACCUAGUUUCUGGGUCUGUCUCCUUUGAGAAACUUGUCGAGAGGAUUUACAUCGGUAGAACUUAAUAAAUAAAUCACCUCCAAAUAGCA